UCCGGCGGGAGUGGCCGCUCUAGGCAGCGCGGAGGUCGCAGAGCGGAGGGCUUUGGGGCGUGAGCGCGGCCUUUCCUCUAUGGUCGCGGGCUGGGGGCGAGCGCCGCGCCGCCUCCUAGGUUACCUCCGGAAGUGAAGUCGUCGCCUCGCCUUCUUCUUCCGCGGGGGCUCGUGCGGGGGGCUAUGGCCGGGAUGGAAAGAAUGGAAUGACUUUCUUAUACGGGUGACUAAAGAAGCAAACAGGUCACUGCAGUGCUCUCCCCUCCUGAUGGCUGCCCUGCAGAUUAAGCUAUGGAUAAGCUCUCUACUAAGCCAGACAAACAAUUUUCAUUCCAAAGGAGGCCAUAUCCACCUUCUUUACUUCCAUAGAUAGCAUCACUCAGAGACUGUCCCUGUUUCCUUUCAUGAUUUUCAGAUUCCAUGAUGCUUUGUAGCAGUUUCCUCAAUCUGAAAUUUUCCAUGUCUGUGGAUCCCAAAAUUUGCUGAGAUGGAGGAUCCUCAAAAAAAUGACCCAAACAUUGUGGAUCCAAAAAAAGAUGACCCUCUUGAAAACACUUGCCCUCAGAUUUCUGUCAGUGAAUUCUCGUGCCACUGCUGUUAUGACAUUCUGGUUAACCCCACCACCCUGAACUGUGGGCACAGCUUCUGCCGGCACUGCCUUGCUUUGUGGUGGGUGUCAUCGAAGAAAACGGAGUGUCCAGAAUGCAGAGAAAAAUGGGAAGGCUUCCCCAAAGUCAACAUUCUCCUCAGAGAUGCUAUUGAGAAGUUAUUUCCUGAUGCCAUUAGAAUGAGAUUUGAAGACAUUCAGCAGAAUAAUGAUAUCGUCCAAAGUCUUGCAGCCUUUCAAAAAUAUGGGAAUGAUCAGAUUCCUUUGGCUCCCAACCCGGGCCGAGUCAAUCAGCAGCGAGGAAGGGGCUUCUUUUCUGGAGUGCUCACAGCUUUAACUGGUGUGGCAGUGGUGCUGCUUGUGUAUCACUGGAGCAGCAGGGAAUCCGAGCAAGACCUCCUGGUCCACAAGGCUGUGGCCACAUGGACGGCAGAAGAAGUCGUCCUUUGGCUGGAGCAGCUGGGCCCAUGGGCCUCCCACUACCGAGACAGGUUUUUAUCGGAAAGAGUAAACGGAAGACUGCUUUUAACCCUGACAGAGGAAGAAUUUUCAAGAGCACCCUAUACCAUAGAGAACAGCAGCCACAGAAGAGCCAUCCUUAUGGAGCUGGAGCGGGUCAAAGCACUAGGUGUGAAGCCUCCCCAAAAUCUCUGGGAAUAUAAGGCUGUGAACCCAGGCAGGUCCCUGUUCCUGCUAUAUGCCCUCAAGAGCUCCCCGAGACUUGGCCUGCUGUACCUGUACCUGUUUGACUACACGGACACCUUCCUGCCCUUCAUCCACACCAUAUGCCCUCUGCAGGAGGACAGCUCUGGAGAGGACAUCGUCACCAAGCUGCUGGUAGGUAUGCAGAGUGGUUGGGGUAGAAUCAUGCUGCUGUCUCUCAUUGUGGGUUGGAGAUGUGGCUAAAGGCUCCUGUGAGAGCAACAGGCAGGUAUCCUGUAACUUCUGCAGGG